AUGAGCCCAACGAGAUCACAUAGACAAGAAGAUGACUUAGGAACGGGUCCACUGCUUUCCAUGUUGCAACACUCAUCUCUAGCCAGAGAUGAAAGGCAGGAAAAUGAUGCAAUACCUCAUGUGAUGAUUGAAACUUUUUUACCUUUUUAUAAUGCCAUGUCUUCUAAUGUAGCCUCGGCUGCUGGGGCGCAAAUGGUACAAGAUAAGACAUUUUCAUUCUUGGACUACAUGAUGAAUUCUUAUCAGAAUGUCAAUUCCUUUAGCCAGCCACAGGGACUACAAUAUGUUAAAUUGAAGAGUUUAGAAGAUCCUAACGUUGAUGUAGCUUAUGCAUCUUUGAUAUCUUAG